ACCACCUCAGGGUUAGGUUUAUUCUUUCUCUCCCUAUCCCUAUUCCGAUCUGGUCUUCUCCGAUUCUCUCUAGACACAGACGAGGGUUUCUAUAUCGGAUCUGCACUUCUGCCAUGGAUAUUCGUAAAAGAGGACGGCCCGAAGCUGGUUCAUUCAACUCCAAUGGCGGCGGAUUCAAAAAGUCUAAGCAAGAGAUGGAAUCAUAUUCAACUGGUUUAGGAGGCAAAUCCAAGCCUUGCACUAAAUUUUUCAGCACCUCUGGCUGUCCUUUUGGAGAUAACUGCCACUUCUUGCAUUAUGUACCCGGAGGAUACAAUGCUGUAGCACAGCUGACAAAUAUGGCACCCAUGCCUCAAAUUUCCAGAAAUAUGCAAGGACCUGGUGGUGGUGGAGGGAGAUUCUUAGGGAGAGGAGAGUCUGGACCUGGCCAUGUGCCUAGCUUUGGUGCAUCAGCCACUACAAAGAUCAGUGUGGAUGCUUCAUUGGCUGGCGCCAUCAUUGGAAAAGGUGGAGUCAGUUCGAAACAGAUUUGUCGUCAGACGGGGGUAAAGUUAUCGAUUCAAGAUCACGAGAGAGACCCUAACUUGAAGAACAUUGAGCUUGAAGGGACGUUUGAGCAGAUAAAUGAAGCUAGUGCAAUGGUUAGAGAGCUGAUUGUGAAGCUUAAUUCUUCAGCUAGGAGACCACAUGGCGUUGGUGGUGUUGCUGGUGGUGGUGGCCUUGGUUCAGAAGGGAAGCCGCAUCCAGGGAGCAACUUCAAGACAAAGAUGUGUGAGAGAUUCGCUAAAGGAAACUGUACUUUUGGAGAUAGAUGUCACUUUGCACACGGGGAAGCAGAGCUGCGCAGGUCAGGAAUUGCCUAGUUUGCUGGCAUAAAACAAGUCUCUGCUCUUUCUGGUGGUGAUCUCUAAUAUCAUCUUCUUCAUCUACUUUUUACAAGUUGUCUUUGUUUUGCGAAAAUACAAUGUUAGUUUCAUUGUCAUUGUAAGUUUUCUUUCUCUCUAUGUUGUGAUUCUUAGAAUAAAGUUUUUUUGAUAAAUUGAGUUUGAAUUGAGAUGAGAAACUUUGCUGAUGAGAUUGACAGAGGGUUGUUAGGAUUUGUAUGCUCCCUUUAUUUUUUAUUAGUCAUGCUUCCUCUGUUUUGUCAGUUGUGUGAGAAUCAGAUGCAUCAUUUUUGAUAGUGCAUAUCUUGGAAAAGC